AGCAGGCUGCCUGUCUGCCGGACCAGCCACGCCGUCCGUCUGUCCUGACGGGCUCCACGGAUGUCUGGGCUCGCACUGCGGGGUUCAGGUAGUGUCGAAGCGGCGGAGGACCCGAGCUCGUCCGGGCAGCUUGAGCGUUUGCAGGAGCGUCUGUCUGCGUCAGGAAGCUGCACCGACAAGAGAGGCGAAGCAGCAGCAUUUCAUCCAGGAGGGUGCACACGAGGACGCGCCGGAUAAGAAGCCAAAUUCUGCACUGCAGUGGAUUUCCUCAGAACCGACCUAUGAACUCCUGUUGCCAUGGCAUCUGACAGUUUCCAGUACCGGGCGCUCUUUGAGUAUAAGCGGGAGCGCGGCGAUGACAUCAGCCUCCAGCAGGGCGACCUGCUCACCGUCUCCAAGGCCUCGCUGAUGGCCGUACCAGGGCUGGACUACCAGGACGGGGACGAGCGGACCCCCAAAGGCUGGCUGCACGGCACCAACGAGAGGACCAAGGAGAAGGGAGACUUUCCGGGGACGUUUGUGGAGUACGUCGGGGCGGUGAGGGUCGGCCCUCCUGCGGCUAAAUCCUGGCCCAGACCUGUGCCACCGACCCCCGGGGGGCCACAGACGGCUGUAGGGGUUCAGCCUCCCGGAGCAGCUGCUGCUUCAGGCGUGGAGGCGGAGCUUCUGAGCGAGGCGGCUCCUGUGGUUGUUUGGAGACUCAUCGAGGCCGUCGAGAAACACGGUUUGAACACUGAGUCUCUGUAUCGGACUCCUCCGGCCUCUGGUGGACCUGCAGAGCUCCGGCAGGCUCUCGACUCGGAUCCGGGCUCAGUGGAUCUGGACCAGCAUGACGUGGUUUCGCUGACUGACGCUCUCAGAGGUUUCCUGCAGGAUCUGCCCGCCCCCAUCAUCCCUGCCACCGUCUACAGCGAGCUGGUCUACACUGCUCAAGAGAGUCAGAGUGUGGAGGAGUGCGGGGAGAGGCUGAAGAGGAUCCUGGAGUCUCCCAGCAUCCCUCAGGCCAACCACCAGCUCCUGGUCCACCUCAGCAGACACCUGGCCCGGGUCAGCCAGCACAGCCAGGCCGGUCCCCGCCUGCUGGGACAGGCCUUUGCCGAGGCCGUCUUCAAGCACUCUCCUCUCAGUGCGGACGUGAACCCGGAGCAUCACGUCAGGAUCUUGGAGGCUCUAAUCACGACCGGAGGCCUGAUGGAGAUGCAGGCUGCACCAGCCCUUCCUCCGAAGCCGGCGAAGCCCCAGCAGCCCUCCUCUGUGGGGGUGGGAGGGGGCGGCAGCAACGGCGCCAAGGACGGAGGAGCGGGAGGCUCCCUGCAAGAGGCUGAGUGGUACUGGGGAGACAUAUCCAGGGAGGAGGUGAACGAUAAGCUCAGAGACAUGCCUGAUGGGACCUUCCUGGUUCGGGACGCCUCCACCAAGAUGCAGGGCGACUACACGCUCACACUGAGGAAAGGGGGCAACAACAAGCUGAUAAAGAUCUACCAUCGGGACGGGAAGUACGGCUUCUCCGACCCCCUGACAUUCGGCUCGGUGGUGGAGCUCAUCAGCCACUACAGACACGAGUCUCUGGCUCAGUACAACACCAAGCUGGACGUCAAGCUCAUGUACCCCAUCUCCCGCUUCCAGCAGGACCAGCUGGUGAAGGAGGAUAAUAUCGACGCUGUGGGGAAGAAGCUGCAGGAAUACCACAAUCAGUACCAGGAGAAGAGCAAAGAGUACGACAGACUGUACGAAGAAUACACCAAGACGUCACAGGAGAUCCAGAUGAAGCGGACGGCCAUCGAAGCCUUCAACGAGACCAUCAAGAUCUUCGAGGAGCAGUGCCACACGCAGGAGCGCUACAGCAAGGACUACAUCGAGCGCUUCCGCCGCGAGGGCAACGACAAGGAGAUCGAGCGGAUCAUGAUGAACUACGAGAAGCUCAAGUCUCGGCUCGGGGAGAUCCACGACAGCAAGGUGCGGCUGGAGCAGGACCUGAAGACGCAAGCCAUGGACAACCGCGAGACGGACAAGAAGAUGAACAGCCUGAAGCCCGACCUCAUACAGCUCCGCAAGAUCAGGGACCAGUAUCUAGUCUGGCUCAAUCACAAGGGAGUUCGUCAGAAACGAAUUAACGACUGGCUGGGAAUCAAGAAUGAGAACACCGACGAAGGCUACUUCGUGAGUGAGGAGGAUGAGAACUUGCCUCACUACGACGAGAAGAGCUGGUUCGUCGGGGACCUGAACAGGACGCAGGCGGAGGAGCUGCUCCUCGGGAAGCCGGACGGAGCGUUUCUCAUCCGAGAAAGCAGCAAAAAGGGCUGCUACGCCUGCUCUGUCGUCGUCGAAGGCGAGGUGAAGCACUGCGUCAUCUACAGCACGCCGCGCGGCUUCGGCUUCGCCGAGCCCUACAACCUGUACAGCAGCCUGAAGGACCUGGUGCUCCACUACCACCAGGCCUCCCUGGUGCAGCACAACGACUCGCUCAACGUGCGCCUCGCUUACCCCGUCUACGCACAGAUGCCCUCCGGACGCAGAUGAACCCCACCCGCCCAGCCACAGCCCCACAUAGACAACAAACCAACCUCCUCUUGGGGAAGGGAGAGAAGGAAGGAAGGAAGGAAGGAGGGAGGGGGGAUUGGUUGAAAUACAAAGCAACCCCAACACCAGACCCGAUAACGAUAGAAACGAAUUAACACUUGCUGCAACACACACGUCAGCCACCUUGGAGUUUUAUAUUUUUACAAGAACAAUUUCGGAGGGCAUUCUUUCUAAAGACUGCUUGAUUUGCACAAGGAAGUUUUAAAUGUUUGUGAAUGUGAAAAAAGUGACUGAAGGAAGGAAGGAAACGGAGUAGGAGACUUCAGAGUUUCAGGUUGACCCCGCUGCUACCUAAACUCCAGCUCAGACUUUUAACCAGAAACUCAAAAAAACCACACGAAUGACGACGAAGACGACAACGAAACAUUCCCAUUUUAACCCCUCUUUUCUGUUCUUUUGAUUUUCCACCUCAGAUAUUCUAUAUUAUGGCCUUUUUGUUUGUUUCUGGAGUCGUUUUCAUGUUUCAGGCGUUUCCUUUUGUUUACUUGUGACUUUGUUUGUGGUGAAUGAACGAGGAGAUGAUGUCAAGUGUCUGUUCUGUCCCUCUCCGUACGAAAAGCAAAAAUAAUGUAGCAUAAUGAGACAACGGACACUGACUUUACCAGGUGUUCCUCCAUGUAGACUGCUGCUG